UCACCCACAGAAUUUCUGAAAGGCGUCGUCGGCAAACGCGUCGUUGUACGCCUCACUUCUGGUGUCGAUUAUCGCGGAGUCCUCUCAUGCCUUGACGGUUAUAUGAACAUCGCCCUUGAGCAGACGGAGGAGCACGUCAAUGGAGUAGUUACCAACCGCUACGGUGACGCAUUCAUUCGAGGCAACAAUGUGCUAUACAUAUCGGCUGCCGAG